AUGGCUCCCACUGACGAAAUCGCAUACCUUAAGGGCCUUGCCCGCCAGCUCCAGGAAAAAAUUGAGCAACUGGAAAAGGAGGCAGUCAAGAAGGUCGCUCCGACCCCAGCCCAGCAGUUGAGGAUGAUUCUCAUUGGACCUCCGGGUGCUGGAAAGGGAACUCAGGCACCUGCUAUUCGUGAUAAAUUCUGCGUAUGCCAUCUUGCAACUGGCGAUAUGUUGCGGGACCAGGUUUCGAAGAAGACUCCACUUGGUGUUGAGGCCAAAAAGAUCAUGGAUGCUGGUGGGCUUGUCAGUGACGACAUAAUGGUCGGAAUGAUCAAGGAUCAGCUUCAGAACAACAAGGACUGCAAGAAUGGCUUCAUCCUUGAUGGCUUCCCUCGCACAGUUCCACAGGCUGAGAAACUUGAUACAAUGCUCGCUGAGAGAAAAGAGAAAUUGGACCAUGUCGUUGAACUAAAGAUCGAGGACCAGCUACUCGUUUCGCGCAUCACUGGCCGCCUCAUCCACGUUGCGAGUGGACGAUCGUACCACAAAGAAUUCAAUCCUCCAAAGAAGCCUAUGACCGACGAUGUCACUGGGGAGCCGCUAAUCCAGCGAUCAGAUGACAAUGCCGAGACUCUCCGAAAGCGCUUACUCGCCUUCCAUCAACAAACAGGCCCUGUCGCCCCUAAGGUCGUUUGGAACAAUCUCAACAAGAUUUUCACCGCGCAAUAG